CAGUGAGCCACAUUUAAGAACUAUAUCAAGAAGUACAUUUCGCUUCAUCCACAGGCUGGAUAUUUUUGACCGAACGCUUUAAUAACGGUGAGGCGAGUCCAGUUGCCCUUACCGAAGCUAGAAUAUGUUUCAUUGAUCUUUCUCAGAGCUUUUAUGUGGAUUUGUUUAAUUCAUUCUGGACUAAGACCAGCUGAAAUACCCUCAUAUAAGAAAUUUACGCCGUUGAGAGAAAUCUCCAGGAUCUUCAGUGGACAAGACACCCACCUUUUGCUCGACUGGGAAUAUCACUGAAUUGCGGUCUGGACUGGUACUUAAUUAAUUUAACUGACAUUGGAAUCUGCGUGGUAUCAUUUGGAUAUAUUUAUGCGGAUCAAGGAGGAGACAACCCAACUUCAGCUCAUUAAACUGAUUGAUUGGGCACCAGAGAUGUUUUAAACUCAAAUUUAUUCCAAGUGAACGAAUGUUUGUCAUGUAUCAUGUAGCCAGACCAUUUAUUUUUUACUUGGAUGCUUUCUUAUAAUUUAUUUCUUUCAUUCACAAGUUGAGGACCUUUCAGUGGACAUUUACAUUUGUAUUGAAUAUUUUUCUCUCAUGGACUCAAACUGAUCGAUUUACAUACAUCUCGGUUACCCUGAACAACGCAAAUGUUCACGGUGAAGCCGUGUUUUUCGUCCAAAAUGUUUUCACAUACGUUAUAUGAAGAAUUAGCCUGUUUACCUUUCCCGCAGAUUUUUCUUUAAAAUAGCGCAAGGCAUGGGCUGGCCUGAUACGAUUUCAGUAGGCUAAAGUAAAUGGAAGUUAUCAACUGCGAAAUCAUGAGUCAGAUGUAUUUCAUUGCAGAUAUAAACAUUUUCGUUCGUUUUAAAGGACAGUGUGACUGAGCGCGAGACACUGAGCUGUGCAUUCGACACAGCUCAUGUUUUUAUUUUUAUUUGUAUUUUUUUAUUCGAUUUAUUGGGACUUUUUUACGUCGUGCCGAACGAACAUAUGUUUAAUUGUUAAUACAUGUCCAUGCAAAUACGCGCUUGAAGACAGACAUCAACAGGUACCAUAAUGCAUUCAAAGGACAUGGAUUUCGUACAAAUGUUUUUGUGCUUUCUCUUGUGUUGGACUAGUGUCGAUGCUGUUUUCAAUUUGAAAUAUUCAGUGGAAGAAGAGCUGCGUGCAGGGACAAAGAUAGCCAACGUGACGGCGGACGCAAAAGUUGCAGGUUUUGUACUGGGAAACCGACAACCUUACUUGCGGGUCAUCUCCAAUUCCGAGCCGCGAUGGGUUAAUCUGAGCCCCGCCGGACUGCUCAUCACAAAACAAAAAAUUGACCGGGACGCUGUUUGCCGACAGACAACGAAGUGUUUUAUCUCGUUGGAAGUGAUGUCCGACUCGAUGGAGAUCUGCGUGAUUAAAAUUGAGAUUAUCGACGUAAACGACAACGCGCCCCGCUUCCCCACCAACCACAUUGACAUAGAAAUCUCGGAAAACGCCGCUCCCGGUACCAGAUUUCCCCUAGAGGGGGCAAGCGAUCCGGACUCGGGGAGCAACGGCAUUCAAACUUACACCAUUACCCCCAAUGAUAUUUUCGGUCUCGAGAUUAAGACGAGGGGAGACGGCUCCAAGAUUGCAGAGCUUGUGGUGGAAAAGACUUUAGACAGAGAAACGCAGUCGCGUUACACGUUUGAACUCACAGCUGAGGAUGGCGGGGAUCCCCCAAAGUCUGGGACUGUGCAACUUAACAUCAAAGUAAUUGACUCGAAUGACAACAACCCCGUUUUCGACGAGCCAGCAUACACUGUAAACGUGCUGGAGAAUUCGCCCAUUAACACAUUGGUCAUUGACUUGAAUGCUACGGAUCCAGACGAAGGAACCAAUGGCGAGGUGGUUUACUCAUUCAUAAACUUUGUCUCCAACCUGACCAAACAGAUGUUUAAAAUCGACCCCAAAACAGGUGCUAUAACCGUGAAAGGCGUGUUGGACCACGAAGAAUUGCACGUCCACGAAAUAGAUGUACAAGCCAAAGAUCUGGGUCCAAACUCGAUCCCUGCCCACUGCAAAGUGAUUGUCAAUGUCAUAGACGUCAAUGACAACGCACCAGAAAUCAAACUGUUGUCAGAAAACAGUGAGAUGGUAGAGGUCAGUGAGAACGCACCUCUAGGAUAUGUAAUAGCACUGGUGAGAGUCUCAGACAACGAUUCGGGAGCGAAUGGAAAAGUGCAGUGCAGACUGCAGGGAAAUGUGCCUUUCAGACUCAAUGAGUUUGAGAGCUUCUCCACCUUACUUGUUGAUGGCCGGCUGGAUAGGGAGCAGAGAGAUAUGUACAAUUUGACUAUUCUAGCCGAGGACAGCGGAUAUCCCCCGCUUAGAAGCUCAAAAUCGUUUGCAGUUAAAGUAACGGACGAAAACGACAAUCCCCCGUACUUCACCAAACCACAUUAUCAAGCCAUGGUCCUCGAAAAUAAUGUCCCAGGUGCGUUUCUUCUGGCGGUGUCCGCCAGGGACCCUGACCUGGGCAUGAACGGCACCGUUUCGUACGAAAUCAUCAAAUCGGAGGUGCGGGGGAUGUCUGUGGAAUCGUACGUCACCGUCAACUCCAACGGUGAAAUCUAUGGGGUCAGGGCUUUUAAUCACGAAGAUACGCGGACCUUUGAGUUUAAAGUCUCAGCAAAGGAUGGGGGAGAUCCACCAUUGACCAGCAACGCCACCGUGCGCAUCGUCGUACUGGAUGUAAACGACAACACACCUGUGAUGACAACCCCGCCGCUGGUUAACGGCACUGCGGAGGUGUCCAUUCCCAAAAAUGCUGGAGUUGGUUAUUUGGUUACUCAAAUAAAAGCCGAUGAUUACGAUGAGGGGGAAAAUGGAAGGUUAACAUAUUCCAUAUCAGAGGGAGAUAUGGCAUACUUUGAAAUAGACCAGAUAAACGGUGAGAUGCGAACCACAAAGACAUUUGGGGAGAACGCCAAGCCAUCCUACCAAAUAACAGUAGUGGCGCACGAUCACGGCCAAACUUCCUUAUCUGCCUCUGCCUAUAUUGUAAUUUAUCUUUCCCCUGAUCUGAAUGCACAUGAGCAAAUAGGACCCGUCAACCUGUCGCUCAUUUUCAUCAUUGCCCUUGGUUCAAUUGCUGUGAUCCUGUUUGUCACUAUGAUCUUUGUUGCAGUCAAGUGCAAAAGGGAUAACAAGGAAAUCCGAACAUACAACUGCAGUUUCUUGUACCUGCGCAGGGUGGCGGAGUACUCCUACGGCAACCAGAAGAAGACCAGCAAGAAGAAGAAGCUGAGCAAGAACGACAUCCGGCUGGUGCCGAGGGACGUGGAGGAGACUGACAAGAUGAAUGUGGUGAGUUGCUCGUCUCUCACCUCUUCGCUCAACUACUUCGACUACCACCAGCAGACUCUGCCACUGGGCUGCAGGCGCUCCGAGAGCACCAUCCUCAACGUGGAGAACCAGAACUCAAGGAAUGCUGCACCCAACCAUGGCUACCACCAUACCUUCACAGGGCAGGGCCCUCAGCAGCCUGACCUCAUCAUCAACGGCAUGCCGCUGCCUGAGACGGAGAAUUAUUCCAUCAACUCCAGUUAUGUAAACAGCAGAGCACAUCUAAUUAAAAGCACGUCAACAUUCAAGGACAUGGAAGGAAAUAGUCUAAAGGACAGUGGGCAUGAGGAGAGUGAUCAAACUGACAGUGAACAUGAUGUUCAGAGAGGGCACUACGCUGACACUGCUGUCAAUGACGUACUUAAUAUGACUGUACCUCCAAACAACUCACAGUUACCUGACCAAGAUCAGUCUGAGGGGUUUCACUGCCAAGAUGAGUGUCGUAUCCUGGGCCACUCGGAUCGCUGCUGGAUGCCUCGCAUGCCAAAGCCGGCCAGAGCGAAGUCUCCCGAACACGGCCGCAAUGUUAUUGCUCUGUCCAUUGAGGCCACCACCAUAGAUGUACCUCAUUAUGAGGACUGUGGCACCACCAAAAGGACUUUUGCCACCUUUGGCAAAGAUGGGCCAGAUGAAGAGCGGGGCGAACAGAGGAUCAGGCGGCAAACGGCAGAGCCAGCCAUCUGCAGCCCAAAAACCAACGGUGCCAUCCGCGAGGCUGGAAACGGUCGAGAGGCUGUCAGCCCCGUCACCUCCCCUGUGCACCUGAAGAGCCCCCAGUCCAAGCCACCCUCCACCUACAACACGCUGAAGUGUCGUGAUGCAGAGCGCAUAGCCAACCACAGCAUGCUGCGGCAGCCGGAGGGAAAGGACAGUGAGCCGGCAAUGCGGGAGAUCAACACGCUCCUGCAGGACGGCCAUGAGAAGGAGUCCCCCGGCAGUAAACGCCUAAAGGACAUCGUGCUUUAACUGGCUCCCAUGUAUACACAGAGAGCAUACACUAUUCUGAGUGUGUGUUGCCAUGUGUAUAUGUGUAUUUGUGUGCUUUUGAAAGUGUCAAGCUGAAUGAGCCGGGGAAGGAAGACAUAUUUGCAGCACAACAUAUUCUCAAGAGUAUGAAGUAAACCAGAGACGAACAAACUAAGCUGAAAAUGUGUAUGUGAGCUCAGACUGUCAUUGUGGCUUGUUAGUAACAGCAAUGCUUGCAUAUUUGUCGCAAUUUUCUGUCUGCAGUGGACAGGCUGGUUACUGUGUGCUGCGUGACAAGAUCAGCCCCGUCCUCGCAUCUUACCCUUAGGAGAAAGACCUUCCAGUGCACCGCUGGUGACACCUGAGUAAAGUCAUGCCUUGUAGACUUUAAAGAGACUUCUUUCUUAUAAUGCCUUCUUUGGUAAGCAGUUUUUGUUUCAGCUGCCAAACCGCUCACUGUUCCUGAAGAGAAUGUGGGUCUCUCAGAUGCUACAGAUAGUGACUUACAUUAGCAGGACUCUUGCCGUCUGACGUGCUGUCCAACUGCACUCUCGCAACGUUGUCUGAUUACGGGAGAGCGCACAAGAAUUCUCCUGCAGAUCUCAUUUCAUUUCAGUGGCUUCUCACUGGUCUGAUAAGACGAGCCUUCUCUGUAUCCCUCAAGACAUUUCAAUGUCAGAAAACCAUGAGCUCAUUACAGUGCUUAUUUUCUAUCACAGAUGGAGCUAAAUGACAUUGUGCUAUCAGCUCAAGCUCACUGAAAAACUGGAAUAGGGAGAGAGACUGAUCCCCAAGACUUCAA